UCUCCUCUCCCUCUCCCCAUUGGGAGCCUCAGUUUCUGCGCUGUAAGGAUUUUAGAGCCCGAAUUUCGCGGGAGAAUCGUGGAGCAGAGAGAGAAGUGGCCGACCGAGCAGCUCCGUCGCUCUCGCUUUCACCGCAUGUGACUCCCAUCUCUCUCUCUCUCUCUCCUCUAUUUUCUUUCUUUCUUUCUUCUUCACGAGCACUCUUUCUCUCUUCGGGAUUUUGAUACUUGCUGGUUUUCUAUCUGCUUCGGCUGUAAUCAAUCUUUCACGAAAGACGCUGGUGGUUGCCCUGCCGCGGCUUGAUUUACUGUUACUCGCUUCUUUUCUGGACGGGACUCCUUCGAUCUGGUGCUUGCUCGUCGUCGAUCGCAAUGCCCGGCGGUGGCCAGUUGAUCUCAGUUCAACCUGAAGAGCUCAAGUUCCAAUUUGAGCUGGAGAAACAAAGUUAUUGCGAUCUUAAAGUUGCAAACAGCACAGAACAUUAUGUUGCCUUCAAGGUGAAAACCACCUCUCCAAAGAAAUAUUUCGUACGACCAAACACUGGUGUUAUACAACCAUGGGAUUCGUGCCUUAUAAGAGUUACCCUUCAAGCUCAAAAAGAAUACCCUCCAGAUAUGCUAUGCAAAGAUAAAUUUCUCUUACAGAGCACAAUUGUAUCUUCAGAUGCUGAUGCUGAUGAGCUUCCACAAGAUACUUUUAAUAAAGACAGCGGAAAAACAAUAGAGGAAUGCAAGCUUAGGGUUGUCUAUGUCUCUCCUCAAGCUGCUGAUGGAAACUCAGAAGAUGAAGUGUUAAAGGGCUCUAAAUGGAGUUUUGAUGAUAACUCUGAUUUGCAGCGCCUCAAGGAAGAGAGGGAGGCAGCUGUUAGACAGACACUGCAACUAGAGCAGGAACUGGAAGUGCUAAAUAGACAAAGAAACCGGAAAACUGACCACCCUGGCUUCUCUUUCAAAUUUGCACUUCUUGUUGGGAUCAUCGGAAUCAUGGUGGGCUUGCUUUUAAACUUUGCAUUGUCUUCACCUAAUCCAACAGAAUAAUAAUUUUGACACCAGUUAUUAGAAGAGGAGGUUUAGUGCCUAUUUCAUUGUAUAUUUUUCUUAUGUUAUAUGCUUGGGAACACUUUUUGGCAUUCUGUUUUGCUUUCCCUUUCCAUUUGUAAAUUGAUGGUCACAUAAUUGUUCCUUUGAGGAGGAGUAUGGUUUGAGUAAAUCUUGAUCUGCUUGGUGUUGUUGUUG